AUGGUGAUAUUGAUUCUUUUCCUAAUCUUGCUAUGUGUGUCUUGCAAACCUCAAACAGUGACAUGUGGAAUCCAAGAUGCUAUCCCAAUUGUUCACAAAUAUUUUCAACCAGGUGACCUCAUCAUUGGUGGCAUUACUUCAUUCAUCUUCAUAAGUAGAGUUGUAGAGCACUUUGAGAAGGUUCCCAAGAAUUCUGCUGUUGGUGAACCACUACACAAAACUUUAUUUGAUACAGCAUCUAAUUGCCAUUGCAGAGUUCUGAUCAAGUUUUAUCAGCAUAUUUUGAGCUUCAUAUUUGCUGUGAAGAAGAUCAAUGAAGACCUUCAGCUCUUACCUAACAUCACCUUGGGCUUCAGAAUAUAUGACAGUUAUGGUGGAGAGUACUCAUAUCAUGCCACAAUGGAACUUUUUUCAAGUCAGAACCAAUUAAUUCCCAAUUACAAAUGUGGCAUCCUGAACAAACUCAUAUCUGUUGUCGGAACUCUUGAUCCUGAAUAUUCUUUUACUAUUGAAGACAUUUUAGGCAUUUACAGGGUUCCACAGUUCUUAUAUGGUCCUCCUCCAAGUACCAAUGGUAAAACUGAUAUCCCCUUUUAUUACCACAUGGUUCCAGACUCAUCUGUGAAUCAGGAAACUGAGGGUAUCUGCACUGGGAAAGAGAAACUGGAGAGCCUUCCUGGGGCUUUUUUUGAAAUGAGGAUGACCAGUCCCAGUUACAGUACAUAUAAUGCAGUGUAUGCGGUGGCACAUGCUUUACAUGCCAUACAAGUGGCUCAACUACAACAUAGGAGAAUGUUGAGUGUCAGGAAAUCUAAACUUCAGGAUGUACAGCCAUGGCAGCUACACUUCUUUUUUAAAAGAAUUGCAUUUAACAAUAGUGCUGGGGAUGAAAUUUCUUUUGAUGAGAAAGGAGAACUGGUUACAGGUCUGGAUCUUGAGAACUGGGUCACAUUCCCCAACCAGUCCUUGCAUCAAGUAAAAGUUGGGAAGCUAGAUCCCAGGGCUGCUGAAGACCAAAUGUUCACCAUUCACAAGGAAGCCAUCACCUGGCCUAGUACUUUCAAUCAAACCCCACCUGUUUCACUCUGUUCUGAAAGCUGCUCCCCUGGUAAUUUCAAAAGAAAGCAGGAGGGAAAGCCGUUUUGCUGCUAUGAUUGUCAUCCAUGUCCAAAAGAGAAAAUAUCAAGCCAGAAGGACAUGGAUGACUGUUCCAAAUGCCCAGAAGGUCAAUAUCCAAAUAAGGAUCAAGAUUCAUGUCUUCCCAAAAGAGUAUCAUUCUUAUCCUAUGAGGAACCAAUGGGAAUAUGUCUACUGAUUCUGGCACUUUUCUUUUCUGCCUGCACAGUUGUGGUUCUGGCAACAUUUUUGAAAUAUCACCAUACUCCCAUUGUCAAGGCCAAUAACAGAAAUCUCACCUAUCUUCUACUUAUCUCCCUUCUCCUCUGUUUCCUUUGCUCACUGCAGUUCCUCAUUGCACCUGGAAAUAUAAUAUGUCUCCUCCGACAAAUUAGUUUUGGCAUCAUCUUCUCAGUGGCUGUGUCUUCUGUGCUAGCAAAAACCAUCACUGUAAUUAUGGCUUUCAUGGCUACCAAGCCAGGAUCCAGGAUGAGAAAAUGGUUGGGAAGAGGUCUGGCCACCUCCAUUGUUUUUACUUGUUCCCUGAUUCAAGUUGGCAUCUGUACAGUAUGGCUCAUCACAUUUCCUCCUUUUCCUGAUAUUGACACCCAUUCAGAAAUGAAAGAAAUCAUAUUGCAGUGCAAUGAAGGCUCAACUACCAUGUUCUACUGUGUCCUGGGCUACAUGGGCUUUCUGGCAUCUGCCAGUUUCACUGUUGCUUUUUUAUCCCGGAAACUCCCCAGCAGUUUUAAUGAGGCCAAAUGCCUCACUUUCAGCAUGCUGAUCUUCUGUAGUGUGUGGCUCUCCUUUGUUCCAUCCUACCUGAGCACCAAAGGCAAAUACAUGGUGGCUGUGGAAGUUUUCUCCAUUUUAGCAUCCAGUGCUGGGUUGCUGGGCUGCAUAUAUUUCCCCAAAUGUUACAUUAUCAUCAUUUUGCCACAGCUUAACAAUAAAGAACAACUAAUUAAGAGAAAAAGUUAA